GAGAGAGAGAGCGUGAGAGAGAGCGCAAGUGUGAGAGAGAGAGAGAGAGAGCGAGAGAGAGCGCGAGAGAGAAGCUUAGCAGUCUCAGAUCUUUGCUGUGGUGAGAACAUCCAGGAGAGCUGCAUUCCUGAAGCAGCCAGCGAACGAGUGAGGGAGACAGAUAGAUAGAAACCGGAAAGGGAGAGGAAAGAUAGAAACAGAGGAGUACCGACAGACAGAUCGGUUUAAUCUCCAGCCACCUCAUCUGACUCUGACCCCUGCUGGACUUUACCUCCCCUGAAACACUCACUCACUCACUCCCUCCCUCUUUUGUUGGGACUACACUUCCUGAUCCCACUCUCCAGAGCUCGGAGGAGCGAGUGGAAUCUACCUGAGAGAGAAAAAGCUAGAGCGAGAGUUGAGAAGGAAGACAUUUCCACACCUGACAUACAAGGAAGUUAGAAACUGCUAGGCUGCUUGCUCUGGACUGUUGCAACAACAAAAAAGGUACAAGAAGACUGCACACUCAGAUCUACGGGAGGAGUCAGUAGUACUAUGCAAUGCUGAACUGAGCCAAUCUGAGCCAAGCCAAGCGGAUCUGAACGGAAGUCCUUGUCACAUCUCAUAGCUUGGUGUCUCAGAUGGAGCUGAAGGUGUGGGUGGAUGGAGUGGUGCGCGUGGUCUGUGGCCUAUCAGAGGAGACUUCCUGCCAGGAUGUGGUCAUCGCACUGGCUCAGGCCAUUGGUCAGACAGGUCGCUAUGUGCUAAUCCAGAGACUGAGGGACUCAGAGAGACAACUGUUAGCCAAUGAGAAGCCCCUGGAGUCCCUGGCCAAGCUGGGCCAACACAGCAACGACGUCCAGUUCUUCCUGCGCCGCACCGGCCCCAGUAGCAGUGAUGGACCAGGGUCUGGUUCUGGUACCAGCCAGGACCGGGUCACCCCUCUUCCCCUGCCCAAACACCCUGACCCAGAGCCCCUCAAACACAACCAGCCCAAGAAGUCCCUCACCUUCAACCUGGGGCCCUCCACCUCCCCCAGAACCAAAGCCAAGCAGCUCAUCAGAAAGUCUCCCCGCGACUCCCCCGAACAGAGGACCUCACCCAGCCCCAUCCCUCCCCACCAUGCUCCCUCCUCACACUCCCCUUCUCCCUCGCCCCACUCUCCCUCUCCCUCCCCUCCAGUGGGCCCGUCCAAAGAGGAGGUUUUCCGGCAGGUUCUACACCAGCAGGAGAGGCUGAGGGCCAUUGAGGCCCAGCUGGAAACCAUGGAGAGAGACUCUCGGUCCUGGAACAGGGCCUCCCCGGCCCCCUCCCCUGUCCCAGAGGCUCGUCUCCCGGAGGAGAUGGAAGCUCUGGAGCAGGCAGCCAGGAGGAACCAGGCCGAGUUGGCCCACGAGACGUUCUGGGAGGAAGAGCUGCAGGCGGAGGUGGAGAGAGAGAGAGGGAUGAGGAGGAGGCUGGGGGAGCUCCAUUCCAAGAUGGACGACUGCGGCAGGCGACUCCACGACUUCUCGUCUCGCUCCGCCCAGCUUGAGCAGCAGAUCCAACGGGAGAGCCUAGGGGGCGCCACCCAGCCUGGGAGGGCCAAUAAGGCAGGGGGUGAGGAGUCCCUAGGGGCGAUGAGGGCGGAGCUACAGAGCCAGGGGAGGCACAGCGAGGAGCUGGAGGGGGCGUUAUCAGAGACGGACAAGGCUCUGGGGAAGGCCGAAACACUGCUGCAGGAGAAGCAGGAGGAGUUGGAGGAGCUGAACAAGGAGUUGAGGCAGUGUAACCUGCAGCAGUUCAUCCAGCAGGCGGGCGUCCUGCCGACACACACACACUCACGCACAGACCUCAGCGACCAGCUGGAACUAGCUCACCUGCUACAGGAAGGAUAUAGGAAUGGAGGCCUGAGCCUGCUCCCCUCAGAGUCGCCUCCCCGCCCCACAGCCAAGCAGUUCCUGGGACACCCCCGCAACCUGCAGAACCCGCUGGUGUCCAGCCUCAACCCUGAGGUCGUGACAUCCAGAGAAUCGUCAUGGAGAUAAAACAAGGGACAGCAGGGCCAAGGAGUUGUUCACUGUUCAGUUAAAGGGAUAGUUCACCCAAAUGAUAAAAUUACAGGAAACAGUGCCAGGAACACUAAUCCAAAGCAUGGAUUGUUGUCAUGCAUUGUCUAUACUGCUUACAGGGUAUGGAAACCAAUAUGUAAUAUUGUGAUUUGGGUGAACUAUCCCUUUAAUGUCACCACCACAUAUUCUAUUUAACCCCUGUUUGUCUUUAUAACUACUGUCUGUCAUUAUUAUAAUCCAGAUUACCACAUAUGCUACAGUGGAUGCUGCUGAGGGGAGGACGGUUCCUAAUAAUGGCUGUAAUGGACUCAAUGGAAUGGUAUCAAAUACAUGUGGUUGAUACCAUUCCAUUUACUCCGUUCCAGACAUUAUUAUGAGCCGUCCUCCCCUCAGCAGCCUCCACUGACAUACUAUAUACAUACUGUAUAUACUACAUAAAUAUAUUUACAGCAUUUGGCUACUGUAUACCAUAUGAAGUACAAUACAUAGUACCUAUGUAUGAAAUGUAAAAUAAUUUAGGAAACAUUUUACCUAGAGAAUUAUUACUUUUUCUGUGUAUUUAAAUAUAAUAAAAGAUGAGGCAUUAUGUUUUAGAUAA